UUUACCUGCUGAAAAUCAAGUUCUUGAUAAUGUACAUGUCUCAUACUUUCUAUGUUCCCCCACCUCCCAGAAUUUCAGGAAAAUAAAGCUAGAAAAAUUUCACUUUUAUUCUACUAAAUAUUCUACUAACAUUUUUAAUCUUAGCAUCUAUUUUGGCCCAUCUGUUCUUAUCUGAACUGUUUCCAAGGGUUUCAAGAGUAUAGAGAAUGCAUUAUUUUAAAAAUGACUGAGUUAUUGUGGGUGAGCCUUAUUUCUCUACAGAAAUUUUGACCCUCAGCUGAGCUAACCACAGUCUUAUUCUGUUUCCCCUUAAUCCACAGGCAGAUGCUGAGAACAAAACAUCUCAUGAUAUGGAUAUUGGCCUGAGUAUAACCAAUAGCUCAGGGUUUCAAGUGUCUGAGUUCAUCCUGAUGGGGUUCCCAGGUAUUCAUGAGUGGCAGCACUGGCUCUCCCUGCCCCUGGCUCUGCUCUACCUCUUAGCUCUUGGUGCCAAUCUCUUCAUCAUAAUCACCAUUCAACAUAAGCCCAUGCUACAUGUACCCAUGUACCAUUUGCUGGGCAUAUUGGCAGUGGUGGACAUUGGCCUGGCCACUACCAUCAUGCCCAAGAUCCUGGCCAUCUUCUGGUUUGAUGCCAAGCCCAUCAGCCUCCCUGAGUGUUUUGCUCAGAUCUAUGCCAUCCACUGUUUCAUGUGCAUGGAGUCAGGCAUCUUCCUCUGUAUGGCAGUGGAUAGGUAUAUGGCCAUUUGUUAUCCCCUUCAGUACCCUUCCAUAGUCACCGAAGCUUUUGUCAUCAAAGCCACUCUGUCAAUGGUGCUCAGGAAUGGCUUGUUGACCAUUCCAGUGCCAGUAUUGGCUGCCCAGCGACACUACUGCUCCAGGAAUGAGAUUGAUCACUGCCUGUGCUCUAACUUGGGGGUCACAAGUCUUGCCUGUGAUGACAUCACUAUCAACAGGCUUUACCAGCUGGCCUUGGUCUGGGUUGUGGUUGGGAGUGACAUGGGUCUGGUCUUUGCUUCCUAUUCUUUGAUUAUUCGCUCAGUGUUGAGGCUGAACUCUGCUAAAGCAACAUCUAAGGCCCUGAAUACCUGCAGCUCCCACCUUAUCCUCAUUCUCUUUUUCUACACAGCUAUUGUUGUAGUAUCUGUCACUCACCUGGCAGGAAGAAGGGCUCCCUUCAUCCCUGUUCUCCUCAAUGUGCUGCAUAUUGUCAUCCCCCCAGCCAUUAACCCCAUGGUAUAUGCUCUUAGGACCCAGGAGCUGAGAGUGGGCUUCCAGAAGCUGUUUGGUUUGGGUGAGCACGUGUCCAGGAAAUGAGAUAACUUUAAAUAGCAAAAUAUUAUAUGCAAUACUGAAGAAAGAGCACAGUCUUUGAAGUCCAACAGACCUUGGCUAAAAUUUCAUCUCUCCCAAUUGCUGGAACAUUGAUUCAACUUAAUUCAUCUAUAUCGUAUAGAACAUAGUAUGUGCAAGCCAUUGCUGUAAGCAUUUCACAUAUAUUAGCUUUUUUAAUCCUGUAACAACUGUAUGAAG